GUGACGACAUCCCCAGAACCUCGAAGCUUCCCCCAACCUCAACACAACAUCAGCACAACACCAUGACUUUCACAAUCCCUUCUCGAUCAAUUAUUAGAGCUUCAAGAGGUCUACGAACUUCCAAUGGCUCUUGCUCGGCGUUUUACAGUGUCCGGCGGAGGAGCUUUGCGAAUGUCGCCGGCAACAACAUGACCCUACCUUUGAAGGGAUAUAAAGUCUUGGACAUGACUAGAGUCCUGGCAGGAGUACAGAAAGACAUACCAUAUCAUGAAAAAUUGCUAAUUCAAAUAUGACAGCCGUACUGCACGCAAAUACUUGGAGAUCUUGGAAGUUAUAAAAGUCGAGCAUCCUACGCGAGGUGAUGAUACACGGGCGUGGGGUCCUCCAUACGCGAAAUAUAUCGAGGGUUCGGGCAAAGAGGGUCCAGGUUAAUCGGAACAAGAAGUCACUUGGGCUAUCUUUCCAGCAUAAAUCCGGUGUUGAGAUCUUACAUAAGCUUGCUGCCGAGAGUGAUAUUUUGGUCGAGAAUUACCUGCCUGGUAGCUUGAAGAAGUACGGAAUGGACUACGAAACACUCUCGAAAAUCAAUCCUCGGUUGAUAUAUGCUUCUAUCACAGGAUACGGACAGACUGGGCCGUAUUCAAACAGAGCCGGGUACGAUGUGAUGGUAGAAGCCGAGUUUGGACUGAUGCACAUUACUGGAAGUCGAGACGGUCCUCCUGUUAAGGUAGGAGUUGCUGUCACAGAUCUAACCACGGGAUUAUACACGAGUAACAGCAUCAUGGCGGCAAUUAUAGCUCGGGCAAGAAGUGGGCGAGGGCAGCACAUCGAUGUUGCAUUGAGCGAUUGCCAAGUGGCCACACUAGCAAAUAUAGCAAGUAGUUGCCUCAUUAGUGGAGAAAAAGAUACUGGGCGCUGGGGAACUGCUCACCCUUCCAUUGUCCCUUACCAGUCAUACAAGACCAAAGAUGGCGACAUCUUGUUCGGUGGCGGGAAUGACAGGCUCUUUGGAAUUCUGUCUGAUGGACUUGGCAAACCUGAAUGGAAGACCGACUCUAAGUUCGCUGUUAAUGCACAACGUGUUGCCAACAGAAUAGAACUCGAUGGAUCCAUCGAAGCCAUUACCAAAACGAAGAGCACUAAAGCGUGGCUAGACAUAUUCGAGGGAAGUGGGCUGCCUUAUUCUGCGGUGAACGAUGUGCAGGGUACUUUGAAUCAUGAGCACACAUUGGCAAGAGGCAUGGUGAAGCAAAUGGAUCAUGAAGCAUGUGGGCCAAUCAAUAUGGUAAACACACCAGUGAAGUACAGCGAAAGCGAGCCGAGUAUCAGAAGCGUGCCUCCGAUGCUGGGUGAACACACCAAUGAGAUUUUGAGGGAUAUUGGGAUGAGCGAAAGUCAAAUAGAGGCGUUAAAGGCUGAAGGUGCUGUGAGGUGA